CUACGCAAUGGAUCGGCUAUAAAUAGCUUUGCUAUGUGUCCAUUGAGUCACCUCUUACUAAUACACGCCAAAAUCAGCCAUGGAAACCACAGUAAAGUUGAAGCUUUUUGUUGACACAAGGGCUGAGAAGGUUAUUUUCGCAGAAGCCGGCAAAGACUUCAUAGAUUUUCUGGUCUACUUUCUUUCUUUGCCAGUGGGUACUGUGGCUAGGCUCUUAAAAGGGAAAGGCACGGUGGGUUCCCUAAGUAACCUCUAUAAAAGCGUUGAAAAUCUCAGUGAAUCCUUCUUCCAACCAAACCAAACCAAGAAUUCACUACUAAAUCCUAGAGCUCCAAGAUCUGCAGCCACAGGAGUCCCUCUUUUGCUUUGUGAUUAUGAUUCGCACACUCGAAUGGUAUACUCUUGCCCCUCUCAUUAUCAUAACAUAACUGAUGUUCCAAACUUGCUUUGUCCUUCGUGCAACAAGAAAAUGACCGGCCCAUUGUAUUAUGUACCCCCGUCGCUUGAGAACACUGGGCUGGUUGAAGGAGGAUUUGUUAAGAGUUUUGUGAGUUUCAUGGUGACGGAUGAUUUGGAGUUUAUGCCUAUUUCUCCUGAAAAUUUAUUUUCUUUGCUUAACAAGUCCAACGUCGAAAUUGAUGAACUUGAAAAGAUGGAUGUGGAACUGGGGGCUGAUGAGGGUCUAAGGCUGCUGAAGUUAUCAUUGGAAUGCGAAAAAGUCUUAACAAGUUUGUAUCAGGGCACAGUACAACAAACACCGCACCGCAGAGAGACUUUAAUGGAGCCGGAAGCAUCGUGGCGUUCGUAUCACAGCAGAAAGGCUUCAAUGGAGCUGCAAGCACCGCAGCAUUUGUAUCACAGUAGAGAGCCUUUAAUGCACUCGAUCCCACCUUGUGCACAAUCAGAACCUUAUUAAUGGAGCUGAUCCCAGCCUGCCCAGCCUAGUAUUGAGAAGCUCGAACUUGACUCGGCUGGAAUAGUGUAGUUAGCAGUAUUCCACAUUUUAAUAAAUGUACUGCAGUCGUGCUUUGGUGUGGAAGCAAAUAGGUGAAUCUUACCAUUGUUAUUUGGUAGUAUUCUGCCAAAGUUAUAAUAUUGAUAAAUAAAAGUAUAUUAUUGCCUUCUUAAAA